GUCUCAAAAGGAAAAUGAAGGGUUUGUCCUUAAACCUGACGUCAGAUCUGUCUUAAAAAAAAAAAAAAAAAGACAGCAAAAGAAGGAGACAAAAGGAUAUAUUUGCCUUUAUGUAUCUGUCAGUGAAGGGCAACUUCAUGCCUCUGCCCACAGGGAUCUGCACCCAAGGGGACCCAGUCUGGCUUCAAUCAAUGUAUCUAAGCCUGCCUUCCAGUGAUGAGGUGGCUCCCAAUCUGGAUCUUAGCAGCAAGCAGCAUUUGCCAGGUAUUUUGUCAGAACACCACUACAAUGUCACCCGUGAGCGCCGUAACUGAAGCCUACACCCGGAGGCAAUUCUGUAAGUGGCCCUGUGAUUGCCCCCAGGUCCCCCCGGCGUGCCCGGCAGGGGUCAGCCUACUCACCGACGGCUGCGAUUGCUGCAAAACCUGCGCCAAGCAGCGAGGAGAGAACUGCACGGAGGCGGAUACGUGUGAUACUCACAAGGGACUGUACUGUGACUACAGCGGGGACAGUCCUAGGUACGAAGUGGGUGUAUGUGGACAAAUGACCGGAGUGGGCUGCGUGCUCAACGGUAUUAGAUAUGUGAACGGCCAGAGCUUCCAGCCCAACUGCAAGUACAACUGCACGUGUGUCAAUGGGGACGUGGGGUGUGUCCCGCUCUGCACAAACUCCCGACCCCCCCUGGUCUGGUGUCAAAACCCCAAACGCGUCAAAAUGACGGGCAAAUGCUGUGAACAGUGGAUAUGUGAUGACUUCAAGAGGGUCCGAAAGACGUCUCCUCGCCAUAUUGCUUCUCCAGCAUAUGGAGGGGAAAGCGAGUCCUGGCACAAUAACUGUAUUGUACAGACGACCUCAUGGAGCCCCUGCAGCAAAACCUGCGGACUCGGAAUUUCCACCCGGAUAUCCAAUGAAAAUGACAAGUGCAGGCUCCGCAAAGAGAGGCGCCUGUGUGACAUGAGGCCAUGUGAUGUGGACAUAACCCAACACAUAAGGACGGGGAAAAAAUGUCUGUCCGUCUACAGGGAAGCGGAACCCAAGAACUUCACCAUUUCUGGCUGUUUGAGCAAAAGACCCUACAGGCCCAAGUACUGUGGGGUGUGCACGGACGACAGGUGCUGUAUCCCGUACAAGUCAAAGACCAUCCAGGUGGAGUUUGAAUGCCCGGAUGGAAGCGGCUUCACGUGGAACGUCAUGUGGAUCAACGCUUGCUUCUGCAACCUCAGCUGCCGCAAACCCAAUGACAUUUUUGCAGAUCUACAGAGCUAUCACGACUACACGGAGAUUGUGAACUGAUGUGAAUCCCUGAGAUGGAGGCAACCGUCUGGGUCUACGUGUCGUAGCCAUGUCCUCGGUGCUAUGUUUUACAGUUCCGUAUAGGUGCCCAGACGUUGGAUUGGCACGUUCCAUGAAGAAAAAUGUCCCCAGUGUUGGAACUUGGUGGAACCCUUAAGCACAAAACUCACCCACCUCCUUAUGAUUCUCUCUUCCAACCUUUUUAUUCUUCAUUUUUGGUUCUCUACAUCUGUUUCUUCUCCCCCUUUCUCUCUCAUACAAUGUUCUUUUCUUUCUUUCCCACUUCAUUUUCUACUGGGAGCAGAAUAGUGUUGAGGGGUUUACAAGCGACAAUACUGUUUCAUAUUCUUUCUGAAGUCCUAAAUAUCAACAUUUACAACUCUUCCAUAAGUCAUGGACAUGUCUAAUGUUCUACCUUUAAAGGUCUGUGCUGUGCCUGGACAGUAGGUCCAUAACUAACACCUCAACAAAUUGGGUAAAAUAGAGCCAUAAUGCUGGCUGGAAAGGUUAGUCCAAUGGCUGGGCCCACUAGGUGAUCUCCCAUUAACCCAAUGGGCCACUCUGACCCUGGUAUCUCAACAAAUAAUGGUUUACUACCCGUAACAUUGUGCAAAGUACAAAUGAAAAGAUCUACCUUAUUUCUUCUUCUCGUUGCCACAUCUUUUACUGAAAAAUGAAAAUAUGAGCCACAAUCCAAUUUCAAUAAGCUUAGCCCCCCCCUGCACUCUAUUGUCUGCACUUAUAAAGUUUGAAUGGUAAUCUUUGAGGCGGGUAUAAAUGUAUUUUUUAAUGAAAACAUGGGAAACAACUCAGUUUGUAUCAUUUACAAGUCACUUUAUAAUUGGCACUAAAAAUAUGAUUGUACACUUGGACGCACUGGGAGUUUGGUUACGAUGGCAGACUGGUCCAAUCAUGGUGCUUAUUUCCACUUAUUUGUUAGUGUGAUGCCAUGAUUUUGCCGGUUUGCAAACACACACAAAGGUACUACACAACCUCAGCUAGCACCCUCAAAUAUGACCCUCACAAUGUCAUUAGUUCCUGCUAGGCUCCUCCUGAGUCCUGACCAAUGUCAUUAGCUCUUGCUAGUCUUCUCCUAAGUCCUGACCAAUGUCAUUAGCUCUUGCUAGGCUUCUCCUAAGUCCUGACCAAUGUCAUUAGCUCUUGCUAGGCUUCUCCUGAGUCCUGACCAAUGUCAUUAGCUCUUGCUAGGCUUCUCCUGAGUCCUGACCAAUGUCAUUAGCUCUUGCUAGGCUUCUCCUGAGUCCUGACCAAUGUCAUUAGCUCUUGCUAGGCUUCUCCUGAGUCCUGACCAAUGUCAUUAGUUCUUGCUAGGCUCCUCCUUCUCCUUGAAGUGUCCCAUAGCAACAAAAAGCUAUACAGAAUCUCUCUUGCCUAAAAACCUUCAGCACUACAGAGAGCUCUGCCAAAGACAUAUACAGGUAUGGGACUUGUUAUCCAGAAUGCUUGGGACCUGGGGUUUUCCGGAUAAGGGAUCUUUCCAUA